AUGGGCAACUCUCAGGCUAAACCAGUCAUCCUGACUGAUGAAGUAAAUCUGAACCACUUCCGUUUGCUGAGGGUUGUUGGGAAGGGCGCUUUCGGAAAAGUUCGAAUCGUCGAGCGCAAAGAUUCCGGCUUGACCUUUGCGCUCAAAUAUAUUCGCAAGGAUGAAGUCGUGCGAUCCGAGAGUGUUCGGAAUAUCAUCCGGGAAAGACGGAUGCUCGAACAUCUGAACCAUCCAUUUUUGUGCAAUCUCCGAUAUGGCUUCCAGGACGUCGAAUAUUUGUAUCUCGUGGUCGACCUGAUGAACGGGGGUGAUCUUCGCUUCCACAUCCAGCGGAAAGCUUUCACCGAGGACGCCAUCCGCUUCUGGAUGGCCGAAUUAGCUUGCGCCCUUCGAUAUAUCCACAGUCAAGGAAUUGUCCAUCGAGAUCUGAAACCCGACAAUGUGCUACUAGAUUCCGAGGGUCAUGUGCAUUUGGCAGAUUUCAACGUUGCUUCUGACUUCAAGCCCGGCAAGCCAUUGACCAGCAAGUCAGGCACGCUCGCAUAUCUAGCCCCAGAAGUGUUCAGAGGUUCAGGGUACUACAGCGAGGUGGAUUGGUGGUCAUUGGGGGUAACAAUGUAUGAAUGCGUAUAUGGAAAACGACCAUUUGAAGGCAAAACCUAUGAAGACCUGGCCGAGUCCAUCUCCGCAGGAAACCCACAUUAUUUUGUCACCAAACCACCAGUGUCGAUGCCGUGUCUGUCAGCGAUGACCUCUUUGAUUGAAAAGGACCGGCGGAAACGCAUCGGAGCUACCGGAUUUGACACAUUCACCUCGCAUCCUUUUUUCCAACCCAUAAACUUCGACGCACUUGAGCGAAAACAGAUACCCCCGAUAUUUGUGCCUUCCAGCGAGAAGACAAAUUUCGAUGCGACAUACGACCUGGAGGAGCUCUUGCUUGAGGAAGCUCCUCUAGAGGCGCGGGCACGGAAGCAGAAGCCAAGAGCCGAGUUGCGCAACGACGCCACGAGUCGAGAAAUUCGAGAGGACGAGCUACAUCGGAUGAUAGAGACCAUGUUUGAGCCGUUUGAUUAUACACUGGCGAGUUACGAAGUGCCUGCAGCAGCAGCCGUGGCUGGGACUGUGCCCGAGGAGCAUGUCCACCUCGAUACUACACAAACCGAGUCCAACAGUGUACCGACCUCUCCAGAUGGAUCGCCGCCGUUGUCGCCAAGUGCCGCCGUCACACCUCAAAGCGAAGAAAUCUUCAAUCCCCUGGAGGACACGAAGCAAGCACCGCCGCACACGCAACAGCAGAUUGGCCGGCCAGCGUCUUCGUCGAAGUCCUUCAGUCGGCCCUUACCGCCACAGAGACCGAUGGCAGGAACACGACAGCUGAGCAAAGGCGGAGGAGUGCAAAUGGUACUGGACGAGACAGGUAGCUGGUCCCAGUUGGCUGACCAGACACCGCCCGGUUAUCCAGACGGGGGUGGUGGUGACGCGAGCGGCAAAUACGAUAAAGGAAGUGGCAGCAUGCUUGGAUUCUUGAGCAGAAAGAAAGGCAGAGAUCGAAGUCCAAAGCCCAAGGAGGCUGGAGUUCUAGGUAAGAUCGGAGCGAGACACAUCAUCAACUAA